CAACUUACUCGCGAACAGGCUAAGGCGAUCGUGGCAACAUGUCCCCAAUGCCAGUCCUUUCAGUUACCCUCUAUCAGUUCUGGCGCCAACCCUAGGGGGUUGUCCAGUUGUGAGGUGUGGCAGAUGGACGUAACACAUGUACCAUCUUUCGGCAGGUUGAGUUACGCCCCUGUUUCAUUGUAUACCUUUUCCGGUGCAGUCUGUGCUUCUUCCCAUACAGGGUAGAAAGCCUUGGACACGAAGAAACAUCUUGUGCAGGCUUUCUCUCUGCUGGGUAUCCCCAAAGUCAUCAAAACCGACAACAGCCCAGCAUAUAAGUCCAGGGAAUUCCAGAGCUUCCUGCAACAGUAGGGGAUAGAGCACAAGACCAGCAUCUCCUAUUCCCUGACAGGUCAAGCCGUGGUGGAGAGGACCCACCAGAGCCUAAAAAGAAUUUUGGAACAACAGCGUACAGCAAUGAAGUGACCCUGACCUAAUGGAUCCAUCGCUUGCUGCAUACACCAUCCUCCUGGCAGUACUGUGGUCCUGUUUAACACCAGUGAACCCUUGGAUCGUUCCCCAACCAAAGGCGAAUGUCUGGCGGACCCUCGCACAAGUCCUCGGCCAAAAUCACAUCUGCCUCAACACCGCAUCAGCAGAGGACCCGAUGUCAUCUUGACUUGUGGGGAUUCCUCUCUCUUCAAAAGAUUUACCUCCCCCCUUUAACUCUUCCUUCGCCCCUUUAUCCUCCAAACAAGGUGUUGUUGCCCCUGGGCCUAAUCCCAGAAUCCUUUGGAGAGCCGGAACCAAAGGGCUGGUACCUUUGAAUUCCGAGCCCCCUGAAUUCGAGUUGCUCGGCUCCGCCAACGCCUCUCUUUGUUUUCAGAUUGACUCCCCUUGGACCCCAGACCCUUCUAGCUGGCAAUACCCAGUGGUGCGGCAACCUAAAAAGGAGUACAUGGCCCGACGAUGGUGCAAUACUAUCGCCAAAGUCAACGCCGCCACCACUGCGGGAAAUCAGCCUCUGUCCUUACCCCGAGGUUUGUUUUUAAUUUGCAGAGACCGAGCAUGGGCAGGCAUCCCCUCUCGCCUCAUCGGAGGUCCUUGCACCCUGGGCAGGCUGUCGCUGUUUGCCCCCAACUUAACCCAAAUUAUCAAUUGGAAAAAUAAGAAUGUCACGGCUGAUUUGGCCCGUCCCAAGAGGGACCUUCAAAAUCUUGACCCGGACUGUGACUCCGAAAUUAUUCAUUGGUCGAAGCCCAAAGGAGUUGCGAUCACCCUAUUUUUGCCCUGGGUGUCCAUCGCUAAAUCUCUAGGGGAAUUGGCCCACUUAGAGUGUUGGGUGGCGAAACAAGCAAACCUUACUUCAGCUGCCUUAUCGGACCUCCUGACAGACGAGGAAAUUAUAAGAAAGGCGACUCUCCAAAAUCGGGCUGCAAUCGACUUCCUCCUCCUUUUGCACAAUCAUCGGUGCGAGGAGUUUGAGGGCCUCUGCUGCCUCAAUUUGUCAUCUAAGGCCGAGGACGCGAGAACCACCAUCCAAAAAGUGCAGAACAUGGUCCAAGAGAUAAAGAAAGAGACUUCGGACUGGUUGGGGAACAUUUUGUCGAGAUUGGGACUCUCCUCCUGGGUCGGGUCAAUCUUAAAGACUGUGUUCUAUGUCGCUUUAGUUAUUAUUAUUGUUUUAGUUGCUGCUUCAGUCCUAUGGGGUUUGUUAAAGAGACUGCUGAACAAAAUUGUGCCCCCGUUGGACGUGAACCAAGAAGUGUGCCCUGGAGAAAACUCGUCCAGCGAAGAAGACCGACACUCUUGGUUCGAGGACAUUCAAGCAGACUCCGACUCCGAAAACAACCCUCCAUCCACCACGCUUUAAUUAUUUUUUAACAAAAAAAAGGGGGAGAUCUUGUGUUGUGUUAAGUUGUUGCCCCUCAGUUAUGAGUUGGACUGUUCCUUUCUCCCCCGUAUCUGCUAUGGAUCAGCCUUGGCUCACUCCACCCUCCUCCUCACUGCCCAUCAUCACCGCUCCUCCCAUCCCUCAAUGUAUCCUUCCCGGACUCCUCCCUGGUGCCCUGCCUAUCACUCGGUGCCCCCUCCCUUCCCUCUAGAAAGUUCUAGCUGGGGCGUUGGGUGAUUGGCUCAGGGGCCAGGUUUCCGCCCCCCAUUUUCCCUUAUUGGUUGUUCCUCAUUGUCACUCCCUCAGAGGCCAAACCCCUCUCUGCUUCCCAUUGGCCCAAGGACUGUAUCCACCCUCAAUUCUGGUGCCCCUUAAAAGCUGGUGUAAGCCGGGUUUUGCUCUGUCUUCAGCUCUGGGUUCGUCUUCUGCACUGGGACUUCCCAGUUAAUAAAGGCUGCUUCAACCCUCA